AUGGCAGCCCGCCGCAGCUCUGCCACGUCAGCAUCGCACGCCCGGAUCGUCGCAGGGACGCUCUUCCUGCUGGCCGCCGCCGCGGCGUCCAAUGGCGUGCUGGCACGUCACCACGUCCCCGUUACAAGCGUGUUUCCGUUGGAGGGCGAGGGCACGUCGCCUCCCCCCCCUCCGCCUCCCCCUCCCCCGCCCGUGCCUGCCACUUGCAUGAAGUCUAAGCUGACGGGCUAUUCGCGAGCCGUUGCUCUUUCCACUGACGGUCUCUUCCUCUUCCACUGGACCGUCACUAAAACGGGGAUGAACGGCGCACUGGAGGCCAAGAAAGGGAGCGGCGGCGAGAAGGGGUGGCUUUCCAUUGGCUGGACGCAGCGGGCCAAUAAGAUGAACCCAGGCGACGCGAUCGUGGGCAAUGUGAAUCUGCCACGUGGCAGGAAGGUGGCUGCCUAUGUGAUGAAUGGCAAGUCGAUGAGCAAGAUCAACGAGACCAAGACUAUCAAACUGACGGGUGCCAGCAUUCUCAAGACCUCUGCCCGCACUAUCUUCAAGUUCACACGCGUUGGCGGGGGUGGUCUGGUUCCUCCCAACUACAAGGGCUUGAACAACAUGACCUGGGGGUUUGCCAACACACAGUCCUACGUUAUUCACACUGGGCGUGGGUCCCUUCUGCUGGACCUGGCAUGCAAGGUUUAG